UUGUUAUCUCAGAUUCUCCACCAUCUGCAGUUCCUGCUAUCUCUGAAGUUAUGAUAUGCUGCCGCGAACAUGAUGAUGAAAAGACUGUCCACCACCAUCACCUUCUGUGGAAAGAGCCCUAAAACCCUGGAUGAUGCACGCAGGCCACUCCUUCUACUCCUUCCCUGGUAUGGAGCCAAGCCCCAUGCCAUAGAUCACUACCGGCAGAUUUAUUACCCAUAUGGCAUCAACGUUCUAACGGUGGAAAGCAGCAUCUGGCACUUUCUAUGGCCACAGAAUGGCUUGUCCUACGCCUCUGAGUCAUUGGACCUACUCCAGAGCGAGACUUUCUCCUCACGGCCCCUUCUCAUCCACGCGCUCUCCAUCAGAGGAUUCCUCUUUGCCGAGAUGCCUGUAAUCACACAGAGAGAUGUACAACGUUAUUCAGGCUUCAAGGAAAGGAUUAUGGGCCAGAUCUUUGAUAGUUUGGUUGCGGGAGAUAUGGAAGUCCUUGCGAAAGGUAUUUCACAGCUGCUGGCUCCUCCCAUCUUCCAGCCAUUCCUCAAAGGGGCCACACUUUUCUAUUUCUGGCUUUUGAGUGGUUACACAGUCAAGCACUGCCAAGCUGGCAUCAAAACUUUCGGGAACAAGUACCACACCCCUAUUCUGUUAUUCUACUGUCAGAACGACUCUCUGAGCAACUACAAGGAAGUAGAGGCCCUGUUGCAUCACUGGCAGAGGAAAGGCAUCCCUGCAGUUGGGAAAAGCUGGAAGAUUUCCCGUCAUGCUGGCAAUCUGCAGCAGCAUCCUCAGGAAUACCAAAGCGCUCUGCAGAACUUCCUGCUGUCCUUCGGCAUAAUCCAUUUGCCAUCCAAAUUAUAAAGGACGGUGAAAAGGACCAGGGAGCUGAGGUGCUGCAUAUCUGAACAGCAUUCUGAUUUGAUUGCCUUCACAUCCUCUUGGACUCCUAAUAGAAAACCUUUUAUAAACUUGUUAGAUAAAAUUGGUAAAAGGUUCCAAUAUUUACACAUGGAUGGAUGUUUGGUUGGAAGGAAGGGAACUUUUAGAAAGUUCUAUCAGGCCCAGCGCAAAAUGUGAACUGCUGAUUCAUUUACGUACAUUGCCAAAAGUGUCCUCGUUAUUAAGUUAAUAGAAGCCAUUCCUUCGACAGAAAGGAACUGGUUUAAUUUCACUGAAUAGGUUCUUGUGUGAUCAGCACAGAUUUGCACGGUGUUAUCACUUUCCUGGAUAUGUUAACUUUUCGUUCUCAUUUGAGGCAACAUUUUUGAGGAUACCUGCACAACUCUACCUCAAAGUUUUAAGUGUUGUGUCCAACACAGAAAAAGGUUAAAAACAAAAUUGAAUUCUACUUGAGGUUUUUCAGAAAUGACUAUUUGAACAUUAUGGUAUCAAAAGGUCACUUAAGCAUAAACAAAGAAUUGAGCACAAGAUAAAAAUAAUGUUGUUGAACUUGGAACUUAUUCUGAAAUUAUUUGAACCUGUUUCUUUUGUGCUUAGUGUAUGUUUAUAAUUUGUGAAUCUCAAUAGCUUUGAUCAGAUUCAGAGAAAUUAUGCCUUUUUAAUAUUAUCUUUGGCUCAAUUGGAAACACACUCACCUCUGAGUUACAAGUUUGUGGACCAUAGACCCACACAAGAGUCUUGAGCACAAAAAUCAAGUGUAAUGCUCUAGUGCAGUACUGAAGGAAUAUUUAACUGACAAAUGUCUUCCUUUAGAUGAGACAUCAAACAGAGACCUUGUCUGAUUUCUAAGGUGAAAGUAAGAGAUCCAAGCGUCCUAUUUCGAAGAACAGGAGGGAAGGCACCUUGGCCAAUAUUUAUCCUUCAAUCAACAUUGCAGAGACAGACUGUCUGGUCAUUAGCACUUUGUUGUUUGUGGGAGCUGUGUACAAACUGGUUGCUGCAUCUCAUAUGUUGAACUGUUGCAAAAAAGAACUUCAUUAACUGUAAUUCACUUUGAGACUUCCUGAGGUCAUGAAAGUUGCUAUACAAAUGCAAGUUUUUAAAAAACUGUUUGCCUAAAUGGGCUUUGAGAGAUUACCUCUAAAGAAAAUAAGAAUAAAGGCAUUCUUGUAAUUUAUUUUAGAUCACAGCGCCAUUUGUAAAGAGAGGUACAAUAGCAUGUACCACUGUUACCUUUACAGCAACUUGUUGAUUAUCAAUGUAACAAGUGUCAUAGAGAAAUUGUACUUAUGUAACAUCUUUCACAAAUCAAGCAGCAAUGAGAUAAAUGACUUUUUUUUUACUGAUGCUGAUUGAAGGACAAAUAUUGGGACACCACCAGGGAUGAAUCUUCAUGCUCUUUAUCAAAUAAUGCAAUGGGAUUCUUUCUGUCCAAUGACAGGAUAGACAGAUCCCUGGUCUGAACAUCUCUCAGAGAUAGCACUAUCGACAAUCUACUGCCCGUCAAUAUUACACUAAAGCAUUAGCCUGGAUUAUGUGCUUAGAUUCGGACCUCAAGACUGACUCAGUGAUAAAUGUUUUCCCACUGAACCAAGUCAGGAACACCAAAGGAUAUUUAUAUAUUGUAUUUCUAUAAUUUAUAAUUAUGAUCAAUUCGAACUUCAUAUUGUCACUGUAAAUAAAUAUAUUAGUUGCUUUCUGGCCUUUAUGUUUA